AUGCGCAACGGAAUUAGUAGUAGAUCCAGCACUAAAGAAUCCGGGAAGGCGGAUAGCGGUCUUGCAUCGACAAAGGGAGAAACCAAUUAUAUCGUGCACGAGCGGUGGCUGUUGCGAACGGAAGUUGUUGUGGGCAGGGCGGUAGGCGCGGACCUAGGGUUCGAGAUUGUCGCGCAGUGUCAGACCGCGUCCGGCGAGGCGGAUCGACGGAAGCAAGCUGCUGCGGAGUGUUGGUCGUUUUUCGUCGACAAGGUAAAGCCGUACAGCUUUGCAGCUUCGCAUGGACUCCGACCCGCAGACCAGCUUUUGCACGUAAAUGGCGUCCCGGUUCUCGACCAUUUGAAAAAGGAUGGUUUCCUCCAGGAGCAAAGCGCAGCCACACGCGGCGCCAGUGGCACACCAGCCUCAAAGACGAGCAGCGGCUAUUCUGAUUUCGUCUCCCAAUUAUUGCAGCGCACACGCCCACUUCAGCUAGUGUUCCACCAAUUUUCGCUGUCACGCGAGGAGCGCCGACGGCGCACUCGGCAGCUGGGGCUAAAAAGCAAGUUUGGACUGAACAUUCACGAACAAGCUAGUGGAAGCAGUCCAGUGCAACUGCAGGCUGCGAACUUCAGGAAACCCUUCUACGUAUUGAAAGGAUCAGGCGAACCACGAAAGUCUCUACCCGUUUUGGGUACGGCUUCGCCACCAGGUGUCGAACAAGCCGAGAUAAGUCUAGCGACCGGAAAGCGGCAGACAAAAACUUCUGUGCCUUCGUUGCGCAAUCGGAAAAUAAGUGCUAGUUUUCACACAAGGAGUCGAUUUUCCGUUUCCAGGCAAAGCGCUGCAAACACCAGUCCAGUGUUUCUCCAGGACGCUCCGCGCUCGUCAGGAGAAGCACGCAAGGACCACGUGGUUGCUGUGAAAUCUCCCAGUACAGCCUCCGAAAGCGCGGAUGUCUUCGCGCUCGUCUCUUUCGAGCCUAAGCAGAGGGAAAUAUUAGUGACUGCGGGUCCUGCCGAGGCCGUCGGGCGCGACGAAGCUGACGUGACUACGCCAACAAGCAACAACGGAGAACUUCUUGAUGCGCCGACCAAACUACCGUCCCCGAGGGCAUCGUGCGAGCGAAGUGAGGGACCACAGAUGGUUCCGGAGACCGUUGAGGACUAUUUCCAGCUCUCGCAAUUUGUCCCCUAUUGUGACCUGCUGCAAGUGCGGGAUUCGUCGACCGUUGAUGUACCGGAAAAACUACAACGACCACCACAGGUAGAGCCCGAGAAUCAUGAUUGCACAGCUACCAGUGCACUGCAAGUACUUCACUCUGCUUGUCUUCGGGAAAAAGAUCACAGAUUCGUGCAGGACGAGAUCGACGCCUCGUCACUCCACAGUAGCUGCGUUGAAUCUUCAUCUCUCUGUCUGCAGGAAAACAUCGCUGGAUUGCACACAGAGAAAAGGGAGACCGAAAAGGCCGGAAAUUCGAACCCUGAUGAAAACACGAGUUCGCCACUGCAGGACAAGACCGAGCCGUCGAGCCCGAAGCCGUUUCUUUUCUAUCCCGACAGUGCGGGCGAACGCGAAGACGGCGCGAAAGAAGCGGAAAGUUACGAUUUCUUGGGUAUGUUGGAAAGCAUCUUCUUCAAGGGCUCCGAGAUAUUGAAUCCCGCAAUAGAUGAAGUUGUUAAACCACGACAGGGCGGAGCGCAAGAAACCGUACCACCACCACCACGAGACAUUGCAGAACUCCAAGCAUCAGACGGAACUGGCUCUUCGGAAAUUCUGCGUAAAAAUCCGAGCCCGGACGCGGAACGGUCUCGGGCAAGCGGCAACUUUUACUCCAAUUAUGAAGCUCCUCAGGAGCAUGCAAGUACAAGCUCGGGCCAGCCGGAAUUUAGCGACGGCAAGGUGGAGACCACGGAUAGCGUCGACUUGGCAAACACUUCAACAUCGACGACCCGUCGCUGCAAGCGAAAGAGGGCGCGGAAGUCGAAGGUGGCAGAGAACGUAAAAUCGGUGACCUCAGAUCUCGUUGCCGCUGCGUCGGAGCCACACUACGAGGUUUUCGGGCUCGAGGCAAGGGACCUGUACGACCAAAAAUCUCCCAGGAUUUUCCCCGCGACGCGACCAGCUAUGCCUAUGCGGGAGGUUCUUUGCGUCUCCGGUUCCAGAUCCAGCCCUAUUGCGAGCAGCGCCUGUGCCUCUGCAGUGCUAGUACCUCAUGAAACUACCGUUGUUACCGGACGAGAUCUUCAUGCCGACAAGGUCACAACCCGGCUGCGUGCGGUCCAGGCAGAGCCAGAGGGAGAAGCCGUGCCGUUUCCUUACGAAGACGAAUCCAUUUGGAAAAUUCCAACACCUUCCCCGGCACAGCCACCAUCAUUUUCUCCGCCUCCACCUCGCAUCUCUGAGACCGCAAUAUUUUUUUCGCCACAACCGACUUCCAGAGCGAAGGCGAAUACACGUCGCGCACCACCGCGUGAUUAUGCGGCUAGAAGCCAUGAACCCACCGAGGAAGCGCCAAAUAAAGAUGCAGUAGAAGCGGAAGCGCCGUCGCGUCUGCAGUUUACUCCUUCUGUCACAGAGCUGUUGGCGGGACCACAGUGCGAGGAUCGCGGAAACAGCACUGGAAAUUUGGACGCGAGUUCGAUCCUAGUAGACGUCGACCGUGGUUGUGGAGACCAGGAGUUCUUGCAAGAGGAUGUUAACUACAAGACACGGACGCGCGACAUUCAUCAGCCCCAGUAUGAAGAUGAUUGGACGUGCUCCAUGGCGGAAUUCUGUCCCAUCCCGGCAACCGAAGUGCUCGCGAGCACGCCCAGCUUCUGCGCCGACACUGCAACAGUCGCGUUGGCCAAAUGGAUUCGUGACGAGGAAAGUUCGAAUUCAAGUAAAGACCAGCAUCCUGCUGAGCCAGACGAGAAGGACAAAAACAGUUUUGUCGUUGAGAAUACGAGCCAUACCGCCAUUCCGCUCGCAACGUCAAGUACGUCUACGGCUGUGCACGAAAACCGCGUCCACCACGAGACUGCGGCGACAAUGGAGACAAAUCCCCACCGACAUGCAAAAGGCAAAACGCACGAGGAAGUGCAAGGUAACAGGCCAACUAGCGGCCGACAGGCGGAGGUGCCUCCUGCUUCAAGAGAACUACUCGAGGACGACCGAAAAGCAUCUUUCUCGCGGUGGAGCUCUGUCGUGACGGAUUUUCUCACGAAUUACACGAGCAUAGCUGCCGGGGCUGCACCCGCGACCUUGCAUCAAGCUAGCGGACUUGCUUCGACUUCCACCGCGCACAUCAACUGCACAUCAACCGGCGUGAGAAGUAACACUGACGAGAUGCAGGCGAAGCCGAUUACCCAGACCAACCCGAGGGGAAGAGAAGUGCCGGGCUCACCAGCUGACGAGAAAACGAUUGUCGUUGAGCGCGGAAAUCUAUCCAAGGGCGCUGUUAACUACGCAAAAUUGGAGCAAAACAAAAUCGAGCGCGAGCAGUUGCUGCGAGUGCGCCGCAUCGAGGCAGCAGACAGGAGGCGUGCGGCUGCGGAGAUUCGGUUGCAAAACAUGGAGGAAAAACGAGCACGGGUGAAAAAGCAGCUUGGAGCUACGAGAUCGCGGUCUGAACAGAGAAUUGCUGGAAUGAAACUGACCAAAUACGCUGAGCAGCUUGCCGAAGCGAAAAAAAACUACGCGAGCAGCAGUUCGAAAGCGACACAGGGGACGUCAAAUCGCGAGCAUGGGCAAAAAUGGGAAAUAACCGGUGAAGAUGCGGAAAGUGCAGUUAGCUUCUCGACACCAGCGAAAAUAAUGGGAAGCAUUGAAGAUGCAAAGAAGGUAGAUGAACACAGUACCUCGAAAAGCGACUUCUUCGCAACCCCGGAGGUGCGAGCGGUUGAUACGUUGGAGGACCAAGAAGCGCAGCGGACCACGUCUUCCCAUACGCGGUCUUUCCGAGGAGGCCGCAACAGUACCAGCUGGUUGGAUCAACAGAAGGAAACCAACAGUUAUUGCUCCAUCGAUGAGGUAUCUUCAUCCGACUUAGACGUACGCCCCCGCACUGACAAGAGUACUAGCAGAACGAUUUUGCCGAUUUCUCCCGCUACUAUCCUUCCGACACCAAGAAGUAGUGAGAUGCAGACGCGUUUUCACAGCACAACUGAGCGACACUGUGGUUCCCGAGAGCUGCCUGAAGAUCAGCGCAGCCGGCGCCAACUGUCGCCGGAAGUGAAGUUUCAAGGCGUGUUUGAACGAGUCGCGCGGAACCGCAAGAAGAUGGACACCAGUCCGGAGAGGUAUGAUGCAGUGGAAAUGGAGAGAAAAAUUCGAGCCAGGUUGCAGACGAAAUUUAGGCGGCGACAGCACUGGAGCAGGAAAAAUCAUGCACCUGGAUCUCUACUAAGUUCAAAGUCCUCCACGAGCAGCAGCCCGCUUUCCGGCCUUUCUCUGUCCCCAGGCGAACUUCGCCGGCUUGCGCAGGUAUCUCCGGGAAAGUUGGAGAGGAUGCUGGACAAGAGUGGGGGACUUCCUCCUGAGCUAGCGCUGGUGCUGGCCGGCGUGGGAAAGAUAAGAAAACACGAGCUUGACAUGGCGAAUCACGAUGAGGAUGAUUUUAUUUUGCAAAGGGGGCACCGCAACGACGAUCACGAUACAGAGAAGCGUACUUUGCCCAGCGUCCUGUGCGAUCUUGCGGAAGUAGAACCACAACGCCGUCAAGUGCUGCGAGGGGAACAUCCAGGUACAGACGCGCAGCGCAAGAAGCACCGCGCCGAGCUGUCGCCUCUACAUUUUAGCAUCCAGCUCUGGAGUGAUGACGAAGAUGAGGGAGGGGACGUUGAGUCUCGAAAAGAAGAGGUAAGCCUAGAUUGA